AAACUUCAACCAUAUACAGAUCUUUUCAUUCCUUUUUUCUUUUCUUUUCCUAACCUUCUUUCGUGUCAAAAACAAAUGAAUUUAGAUCUUUUACCUCAAGAUUGUAUUGCACACAUUCUCUCAUUUGCCUCCGCUCGAGAAGCAUGUCGGUUGUCGAUUGUCUCGGAGAUGAUGCACUCAAUGGUCGAUUCUGAUGUUGUAUGGGAGAAGUUUCUUCCAUUUGAUUGUAAGAAAGUUUUGUUGAGAUUAGAUUCUCCAAUAGUUUACGCUACUAAAAAGGAGUUGUAUUUCAAGUUAUGUUGUCCUCAUCUUGUUGAUGGGGGCAAGAAGAUAUUUUAUAUAGAUAAAGAGACAGGUAAGAAAUGCUAUAUUUUAGGUGCAAGGGAACUUCAAAUUCAAUGGUCAAACAAUCCUCUAUAUUGGUCUUGGAAUAGACAACCCUUUCUCAAAUCCAGGUUUGAAGAAGUUGCAGAAUUGAGAACUAUAUGGUGGCUAGAAAUAAAAGGCUCAAUCAAUACCAAAUUGCUUUCCUCAAAAACACUUUACUUUGCAUAUCUUUUGGUGAAGUUUGCAGAUAGAGCUUAUGGAUUAAACACUCAUCCAUCUCAAGCCACAAUUCAACUCAACACUGCAGUGACAUCUAAAAGAAAAGUGUAUUUGCACAAGCAAAGGGAGUACAAAAAUCAAAUUAUCUUUGGCGGAGAUAACGAUCAUGAAAUAGAUGAAGACAACGACGACAGUUGGAUCGAGAUCGAGUUGGGGGAGUUUUAUGUUCAUGAUUCUGGAGACAGCAUUGUAGAGAUGUGCUUGAAAGAAGUCGAGAGUCAACAUUUGAGAGGUGGUCUUGUUGUCGAGGGAAUUCAACUUAGACCAAAAUUGAAACUAUAAAUGUAAAGAAAGCCUUGAAUAAAUUGUUAAUCGAAAGAAAUUAUUCAACAAGAUGGGUACCAAUGAACGAUAUAUAAUCAAAGUACAUAUAAAAGACAUACAAAUUGGUAAUCCAGUUUGGUUCAAUAUCAUCCUAAGUACUUUUAGAGUAAUAAGUAUGGUUAAGUGAUUACAAUGUAAUACUUUUUGUCAAA